UAUUGCUAACUGUGCAGGCGGCAGGCUGCAGCUGCCGAAAGGAAAGGGGAGAGAAACGCUGGUUUGAAGAGAGGAACGAAAUGACUGCAAUGUGCAUCUCUUAGCCCUUCCCGACCGCUCCAGCCCAGGCUGAUCAGGGGGACGAGCGCCGGGGGGGCCAUCUGACAGUACCGCGCAAAAAAAAAAAUAAAGGGGGGGCUUUUUUUUCCCCCGAGAGGAGGGAAAGGGAACCGCAAACGGACUGGAAUCUGGAAUCUGUCCCCCCCCCACUACCACUACCACCACCACCACCACCACCACCGACCCCCCACCCCCCCCUUUCCAGUUUUCUCUCUCCGCCUCGUGUCGGGAGUGCGGCGAUGGAGCCUUGCGGGAGGUAUUCGGUGGCGUCCGGCGCCGGCUUCCAAGGACAGUCACCGGAGGAGCCGGAGGCGCUGGUCUUCGACGCAGACUGGAUACACGCUCCUGCUUAGAGCUCGCCUGGGCCUUACCUCUUUGCAAAAAAUAAAAAAAUAAAAAAAAAAGAAAGCCACCGCGACUUUUUUUUUAAUGCUGCUCUUUCUGGAUUUACCAGGAGCCAUUUUGCAAGACCGGCUCUCGGCUCACUUUGCUUCUCCGAGUGUUGGGAGAUAAAAAUUUUAAAAAAGGAAAAAUAUAUACGGGGGGAAAAAAAAAAAAAAAAAAGAACAGGCGACACAGUUUCCGUGGAGAUAUGAAUUAAACAUUAGAGCCGUUAUUGGGGAGAUAAAGAGGAAAAAACGGUUAAAAAGAAAAUAUUUUCAAAAAAAAAAAAAAGGGACUUCACAAAACUCGAGAGGUAGGUGUUCGGUGUUUCCACCCCUCUUUUCAUCGAUUCAGUCCUGUUCCCUCACCCCCCUCCCUUCUUUUUUUCUCUCUCUCUCUCUCAUACACUGUCUCCGAACAGCACCGUCCUGUUCCGCCGAUGGAAGAGAGAACCAGAGUCUUGCUUAAACCAGGGUAGGGCCAGCUCUCCGUCCCCCUUGCCGAAAUCCCCCAGACGAUGUUGAAUUAUGAACGUGCCACAUCAUGAGUCUCUUGUGGCAGGUAACUGUGCAUCGUACCUGGAAUGCCGCUCUGCUUUUUGUAGUCUACCUCAUGGUGCGAGCGUGGAGUCCGUGCGCCGCCUCCGCGGGGCCCCAGAGCUGCCCUGUGGUCUGCUCCUGCAGUAACCAGUUCAGCAAGGUGGUGUGCACCCGCCGCGGCCUGACGCGGGUGCCCCCGGGGAUCCCCUCCAACACCCGGUACCUCAACCUGAUGGAGAACGGCAUCGAGCUGAUCCAGGCCGACACCUUCCGCCACCUGCACCACCUGGAGCGGCUGCAGCUCGGGAGGAACUCCAUCCGGCAGAUCGAGGUGGGCGCCUUCAACGGCCUGACCAGCCUGAACACGCUGGAGCUGUUCGACAACCGGCUGACGGUCAUCCCGAGCGGGGCGUUCGAGUACCUGUCCAAGCUGCGGGAGCUGUGGCUCAGGAAUAACCCCAUCGAGAGCAUCCCGUCCUACGCCUUCAACAGGGUGCCCUCCCUGAUGCGGCUGGACCUGGGCGAGCUGAGGAAGCUGGAGUACAUCUCGGACGGCGCUUUCGAGGGAUUAUAUAACUUGAAGUACCUUAACCUUGGAAUGUGUAACAUUAGAGAGAUGCCGGUCCUCACCCCGCUGGUGGGCCUGGAGGAGCUGGAGAUUUCCGAGAACCACUUCCCAGAGAUUAAGCCCGGGUCCUUCAGGGGCCUCAGGUCGCUGAAAAAGCUCUGGAUUAUGAACUCGCAGAUCAGCCUGAUCGAGCGCAACGCGUUCGAUGACGUCACGGCGCUGGUGGAGCUGAACCUGGCCCACAACAACCUGAGCUCGCUGCCCCACGACCUCUUCGCCCCCUUGAGGUACCUGGUGGAACUGCACCUGCACCACAACCCGUGGAACUGCGACUGCGACGUGGUGUGGCUGUCCUGGUGGCUCCGCGAGUACAUCCCCACCAACUCCACCUGCUGCGGCCGCUGCCACUCGCCGCCGCAGAUGCGCGGCCGCUACCUGGUGGAGGUGGACCAGAGCACCUUCCAGUGCUCGGCCCCCUUCAUCGCCGACGCGCCGCGGGACCUCAACAUCUCGGCCGAGCGGGUGGCCGAGCUCAAGUGCCGCACGGCGCCCAUGUCGUCCGUCCGGUGGCUCCUGCCCAACGGCACCAUCCUGACGCACGGCUCCAACCACCCGCGGAUAUCGGUGCUCAACGACGGCACGCUCAACUUCUCCAACGUGCUGCCCGGCGACACCGGCGUCUACACGUGCAUGGUGACCAACGUGGCGGGCAACUCCAACGCCUCGGCCUAUCUCAACGUCAGCAACGCCGAGCUCAACACGUCCAACCUGAGCUACUUCACCACCGUCACCGUGGAGAUCAUGGAGCCCACGUCCGAGGAGACGCCCAAGCCCAAGACGGUGACCGCGUCGCCGUCCGUGUUCCAGCCCGUCUUCAUAUCCACGCCCACCGUUCUCCUCCAGAACACCAAGACGCCGGGCCAGGUGUCGGUCCCCACCGCCAAGGGCACGGAGAAGCCCGCCGCCAGCCUGGACGAGGUGAUGAAGACCACCAAGAUCAUCAUCGGCUGCUUCGUGGCCGUCACGCUGCUGGCCGCCGUCAUGCUCAUCGUCUUCUACAAACUGCGCAAGCGGCACCAGCAGCGGAGCACCGUGGCCGCCACGAGGACUAUAGAGAUCAUACAGGUGGGCGAGGACGUACCGCCCCCGGCCUCGGCCACGAGCAUACCGGGGGAGGGCGCCGUGGUGCUGCCCGCCCUCCGCGACCACUCCGGAACCUACAAGCCGGGCUACAACACCUACAAGCCGGCGCACGCCGCGCACUGGACAGAGAACAACGUCGGCAACUCGCUGCACCGUCCCCGGCCCGGCAUGCCCGAGCCCUACGUUAUAAAAACUCACACCAAGGAGAAGGUACAGGAGACGCAGAUCUAGCAUUCCCGUAUUCCUUUCUAUUUCUGUCCUCAUGAAAGAGAAAAAAAAGAAAACGAGAAAAAAAAACAUGCAAUAGAAUGCACAAACCGACAAAAAAGACAGCAACUUCUUUUGUACAGAGUGCA